AUGCCAUCCUGUGUCUGCACCUGCUGCAGCGAGAUGAAGUCCGCGGUACAGGCACACGGCUACCGGUUUGGUGACAUCCCCAACGUGCACCAGUUGCGUGCAGAUGUUUGGAGGACGCUGGCAGUGGCGCGUCCAGCUCAAGUCGUCGCAUGGCUACCAGUGACAGCCGCCAGAGCACCACCACCGCCCGAGCCAGCUUUGCCGUGGGGCUUCCGAAAGAUGUGGCUCAAUGGGCAUUCUACGGAGAAGACGGGGCUCACCAAGCGUCCUGAUGGUGUUGACGACAAGCAGGAGUCUAUUCUUUCCGAUGAAGAAGCAGGAGUGGAUGCGACACGGCCACAAGACGUGGAUGACCAGCAUGAGGAAUGGAUGCUCCCUUCGUGGCCGCCACGACCUGGCAUGGAGCCACGGCCGGAUCCCACUGCUCCGGGUGUGUGGCUAGUGCCGUACUGCAUGCGUGUGGAGCGCUCUGGGGAGAAUUGUACGGUGCACACCAACGGGGCUGGCGACGACAUCAUCAUGAUGUGCAACGACUGCAUUCAUGCCUUGGAAUGCGGACGCAUCCCGGAGGCUGCUCUCGCACGCUAUGAUGGUGGAGACGUGCCAGAAAUCAAUCAGGACGGGCAGCGUCUGGAGUGGCCUACCGUGCUGGAAGCCAACAUACUGGGGCUGGGGCAUGUGCAGCAGCAGAUCUACAGGCUCAAGGUCAAGAACCGGCCGUCUGACUUGCAGCCCAUCACCGUCACAAUGCACGGGAUAGCCGUGGCGAACCCAUCACUCGAUCAUGCGGCUGCAGUCGUGGCCACUGGGCAAUUUUUGGAAUUUGGCGAGGAUGGUGCUCCGUUGCGGGAGGAGCGUGUCAUGGACAAGUGGCGGCGGGUGCAAAACAACCCCUACACCAGCCAAGCACUCCUCAACGCGGUUAAGCUCGCCUUCAUGGACAUCCUUUUUGGUUUCAAACCUGGCGACAAGCGGCAGAGCAACCCCGACUGCUUCUGUGGCACCGUGUUCCACAUCUGCAUCAAGGUGGAGCAGAGUGGACGCCUCGCCCUGCACUUGCACGGCAUGGUGCACCUGGCAGCGAUACCCAUGUGGCUGCCUGAGCCGUACUACGACAUUCAGGACAAAGAGCGACGAGUCUUCUGGCAGACACCCCUGGUCAUGGCUGCACCCACCACACCAACGGCAGUUGCACCAACGCCCAUGGAAACAUCAACGGCAGCAACGAAUUCUGGUGAUGACAGCAUGACAGAUGCUACUGCAGAAGAGGAUGACGGCCUGACUCAAGCAGAACCUGGCAGCGCCUCGGGCACAGAUGAAGACAUUGGCAAUGGUGACAAUGGAGUCCAGCCAGCCCCCCCCGCAGCGUCCGCUGGCCGCCCCCCAGCCAUCCGCGCGCCUCAGCCAGAUGGAUCCAUGCCGGCACCCGCGUAUGACUUUGCCAUUGUCGCCCGUGGCAAGCCGUGUGGGACCGGGGGUGAAGCCACUGAUACCUUUACACCCAAAGUGUGCUUGGAACGCUGCACCCAGCACCUUGUGGCGGGUGUCGUGGGGUCCUGCACCCACAAACACACCGACACCUGCAAACGCUUCGGCUGUGCAGGCGUGGAUGGAGACUGCGGCAUGGCCUACCCACGCCACAUCCGGUGUGAGUUCAAGUGGGUGGGCGACAGCGGCCUGUUCGUUCUGCCCCGAUACGGCCCCAACAUUGUGCCCCAUUGCCCCGCUGUCACAAUGGUGCUGGGCUGCAACAACGUCUUCACGCUGGCCUGCGAGCUCGACCGUCAGUACAUCGCAACAGUGGAGGAACAGCUUGUACUGCCGGUCCCCAUGUGUGACCCCGAGGUCCUGGAGGACAUCCUUGUGCAAGCAGAGGUUGUGGCCCACCGAACCACGCACUAUGCCACCAAGUAUGUCGCCAAGGCCACGUCGCAGAGCCAAGUCACAUGGCUGAACCGCACGAUCAUGAUCAGCCGCCACUUCCUUGACACUGCAGCUGCUGGUGGUGGAGACCCCGCAGCCGCCCACGAGGACCGAUGCAAGGGCAUCGGAAACCUUAUCUCCGUGGCGAACCGUACGACAGCCAGCCUGACCAAUGGCCAUGGCGUCCUUCAAGUUGGCAGGACACGAUCGUGCCGAACGUUUCACGAAACGUUCGAGACCACGUAUGAGAACACAUUCCUGAGCACAGGCCUGUUCAUGGCCAUUGUGCUCCGGGAUGACCAUGAUAACAUCAACAGCUUGGAAGCAGCAGCUGAUACCCUACUGGUUUUUCACAAUGACAAUCCGGAGCAGCCGGCCGUCAAUGCGGCUUUCACGGCAGAUCUGCAUGUAAAGCUGCAGGGCACGGAUCUGACCAUUACGAGCCUUGAGAACGUCCGCAAGAUCGUUACCACGCGCUGA